UUACGCUAUAGUCUUUAAUUAGUACAGUUAAAAUGUGCGUUGUUGUUCGUUGGUGAUAUAAAUACGUGUCGAUUUAAACAUUAUGGGCAACAAUUAUUAUCGGGAACAGAAUGUACCUCUUAAUUAUAUGGAAACGAACCUUGAUAGUGCCUUUAGCCAGUCCAGGGAAAGUUUACAGUCUGUUCAAACCUAUUUGGAGUCUGUGGACGAGGAAAAAAGUUGUUACGAAAAAUGCCUUACACGUAUACCUUAUGCCACCCUAAUAGCAACAAUAAUGUGUGCCUUGGGUGUUAUCAUUUUCUGCGGGACCAUGUACCGUGGGGCCACAUUAUCAGUACUGAUGUUUAGCGAAGUAUUUAGUAUGCAACUAUUCUGGGUUGAUGCAGUGAAAAUGACAUUUGUCCUAAUAGGAGCGUGCAUGGGGGCCUUAGGUCUGAUGAUUUUGACUGUGGGAUUUCUGGCUACAGGUGCCACAAGGCACAAAGUUUACAAAGGUUGGGGUUCGAGAGUAUCUGGAAGGCUAAGUUGUGCUGUUUUUAUGGGAAUUACUUAUGUCCUACAAAUGGCAUGGCUAUUGAUUUUUUGUUGCUUAGUAAUAGUCACUUUUGUAUUUACGAUAUUUUGGAAAAUGUGCGAGAAUCCUCGAGUGGCCUCUUUAAACGAUUCCAUCGACUUGACACAGUUUUAUUUCCUGUUCCCUGCUGGAACGCGCCAGGAACACAUGAAAGUAGAAGGCGAAAGCAACAUCAAGGCGUUUUGUAAGGAUUAUGUCGAGAAGGUGGAAAUCAUGUUUAUUUUGGCUUCAGUUUCUGCUGUUAUGGUGAUACUCAGCUUGGUCCAUUACUUGAUGUGUCUAGCAGCCAACUACGCACACAUAAGAAAUCAAGAAAAAUUCCUCCAAUUUCAGGAUUUGCAAAUGUUAAACGACACUGACAUGUUAUCAGCCAAGGAUAGAUUUUAGGAUACUUCCCAGGAAAUUCAUAUGCCUGAACUGAGAUGGAGAAUGUAGCUAUGUAGGAGAGAAAGGACAUAUCGUAAAUAUAGCUAAGGGCUUCCAAGUUGAUGGUUUGAUGUGGAUUAAUGGCAUAUGUGUUUCCUGGGUACUUUAAGGUUUAGUUUUUUUUUAAAUCGGGUUUGGGGUGAAUUUUCAGCUUCAAUUUUUGCUGUCACUUAAUAUAUACCAAAGAUUAAGUAGCUCAUACAUUUAUUGAUGAUUCAAAUUAUUAUUUUUUUUGGAAUUUGAUUUCACUGAGCUGAUCAUCUUACCCCAAAUGCAUUAUUAAAGAGUUAUUGGACUUUUUCUGUGUUAUUUUGACAUCACUAUGUCACCAUAGAUAAUUUUGAUACUCACUAUAUCACUGUCUUGACUCGCUCACACUAUCCCUUCAAAUUAGACUAGAUAGUUGAUAAUUCUCUUGCCGCACUGUACCAAGACAACAAUCAUGAGAAUACCUACUGUCAUUUUGAAAAUGAGUCAAAAUAACACAAAAAAUAAAAUGCACUAGUUUCCAGAACUGAGCAAUUUUUCUGGAAGUCGUCAUUAUAGUUGUGUAUUUGUCCGUCCAUUUAAAAUAAAUAUCAUUACGUGUAUCGUGCAACAUACCAUUCCUUACCUUAUCAUUCGUAACUAUUUGUAAAUUUUGUAUCUUUGUCUAUUUAUGUACCUUGUAGAUUUAAUAUGUAUCGAACUUGUUCCUUUUUCAUAAUUAUCAUUUCAAUGGUUCAUAGACCUCCAGUGAUGUAAUAAGAUUCAGUAUAAGGUUAAGUUUAAUUAUAAUAAUAAUCAUCUAGUUAUGUCACCUUUUGUUUCUCCUAAGAAGAAUAGUUUUAAUUUUCUCUAGAACAUUUUUAAUUUAUAGUUUUGGUUGUGGGACUAGAGAUACAUUUCUGGUCUGUUCAAGUUUUUUGUAUGAUCUUUUUAGUUUAAACAUCGCCAAAUUGCUCAUGAAUAUUGUUAUUUAUCUUUGAAUAUAUUGGCCUAAAUGUUAAGACAUAAGUGUAGCUGAUAUACCUAGUUUUGUAAUAUUUUGAUAAUACAUUUUUUAAUCAA